UAACACAACACAAAGCAUCACAACACAACACAGCACGCCCACAAACAUCAUUCUCAGAUCAAAACAUGAAACAAAUGGAUUUUCACCCAUCAAAAGCUGAAGGCCGCAGACCAGUCUCCGUGCUAGAUGGUGAAGGCUCUUACUUCCACAGGAUCCUCUCGAGAGAGCCGUCGGUCGGCAACUCCGGUCGCUACAAUCUGUAUCGAAACCCCGGUCAAAUCCCAUUUCAAUGGGAGAAGCAGCCCGGGAAAUGCAAAUUCGAGCCACCAAAGAAGGACCCCGGCAGCAGCCUCCCGAGAAUCAGCCCCCCGCCAAUCUCGUCCUCCAAGAGCAUGGAACUGCCGUCGAGGCCGAACCGCGGCGGUGGCCUCAAAGGAUCUUGUUCGAGCUGGUCGAAGAUGAAAAUUUGGAGGAUGAUCAAGACCAAGAAGCUCCAGCUGGCGAUGCCCAGAUCCAAGAAUCAAGCGAGAGGCUCUGAAGUUACGAGCAAGUGCAGUUCAAACGGGUCGUCCUGCACUUCUAGCGACGAUAACCGGAUGUCGUCUUCUAGCAACUCGAGUUCGUCCACAUCGUCAUCGUCGACAGCCUCGUGUUUGUCCUUCGCUGCUCCUCUGCAAUUAUCAAACAUGGCAAAAGGACAUAGCGAUUGGCCUUUUUAAUGAGCAUGUACGUGUUCUUCCUUUUUGUUGUCUUCUUCUUUUGAUUCGAAUGUUUUUCAUGAAUUGUGCUUGUAGUUGUUAGUUUUUGUGGAUUUAGUUCAUCGGACACGUCUAUGGGUUGCAUGCGCUAGUGUUGGUGCCACUAAUAUAGAUGUCGUGUAUUUAACAUAGAGCUAUACAGUUUUGAUGAAGAUUGAGAAAAGCGGCAAUUU